CAGGGAAGCCGGAAGUAAAGGCAGGAGGAGGGCCACAAAUGGCGGCGCUUCCGGUGUAGCUCCCUUCCGCCCGAGCCUCCUCUGGCGCCGCCAUGGCGGAGCAGCGGUUGCUGCCGCGCCGAGCGGAGGACUUCGCUUCGCCCGCCUUCUGGGAGCGUUUCUUCCGGGAGCGAGGAGAGCGGGUCUUCGAGUGGUACGGCGGCUGGAGGGGGCUUCGGGAGCCGCUGGGACGGUACCUGCGCCCGCGGGACUCGAUCCUUGUUGUUGGUUGUGGAAACUCAGAACUGAGUGAACAGCUCUAUGAUGAAGGUUAUCAAGAUAUCAUCAAUGUGGACAUUAGUGACUUGGUUGUCAAGCAAAUGCAGGAACGCAGUGCUUCUCUGAGACCCAAGAUGACCUACAUGGUCAUGGAUGUGCUGCAGAUGGAUUUCCCGGAUGUGUGCUUUCAGGUGGUGUUGGACAAAGGCACUCUUGAUGCUCUGUUGACUGAUGCAGAAGAAAGCAGUUUGAGCAGGGCAGAAAGAAUGUUUUCUGAAAUUGGCCGGGUCCUGCAGUUUGGGGGACGUUACUUGUGUGUGUCUUUGGCACAAGGACAUGUGUUGAAGGCAGUUGUGGAACAUUUCUACAAGAAAGGGUGGAUGGUUCGAAUACACCAAGUCUCCACCAAUGAAGCAGGCACUUCAGAAGGAGAAUUUGCCCUUCCUGUCUUUGUUUAUGUUAUGACAAAAAUGAAGCCUGUCCCAGGCUCAAAUUUAUGCAUCCUAGAGCUGUGUGCUGAAGCACAGGAGAAGCCUGACCGGUUCAAGAGCACUCAGCAGCUGAUUGAGGCAGUGAAAGAAAGACAACAGUACUGUUUGUUACGGAGCCAACUCAGUAGGAAUCCCAAUGCAGGGACCAUCUCUCUGGAUCUCUACAGUGAAGAAACCAGCCAAGUCCGCUAUAGCUUGCAUGUGGUGCACAACCCAACAGUGAAGGUGUCUCAUGACAAUCAAUUUGCCAUCUUCAUCAUACCGCAGGGCAGAGAAACUGAGUGGCUAUUUGGGACAGAGGAAGGACAAAAGCAGUUGGCUGCAAGUGCUGGGUUCUGGCGCCUAGUAACUGUGGGCUUGCAUAGAGAUCAACAGUAUAAAGACAUGGGAACCAUCCAGGCAGAACUGUCGGAAAAGGUGAUGGAGUUGGCCCCACCUGGUCUCCCAGCCCAGCAACAGGUACCCUUUUUGUCAGUGGGUGGAGACAUUGGGAUCCGCACCAUCCGACAUCGUGCUACUAGCCCCUGGAGUGGGGAGUAUGUUAUUGAAGAUGUGAAAGGAGAUGAUGCCCGCUACUUCCGCCGCCUCAUCUUUCUCAGCAACAGGAACGUGGUACAGUCAGAAGCAAGGCUCUCAUCCAGGACAUCCCAUAAAGGGAAUAAGAAGCACAAAAAGAAGAAAAAUACAGCCUCCAGUAGCCAGGUUGAGCCCACCAGUGUAUCAGCCACGCCAUCUAUUGACAAAAGCUACCUGUGUUGUGCUCACCACAGAGCCAUGGUUGCAGGACUAUGUCUCCUGAAAAAUCCUGAAUGCCUCCCAGAGGCCCAGAUCCAUGUGUUAGUGAUUGGCCUUGGUGGUGGCAGCCUGCCUCUCUUCAUCCAUGACUACUUCUUGCAGUGCUGUAUUGAUGUGGUGGAGAUUGACCCAGCCAUGCUGGAAGUUGCUACACACUGGUUCGGCUUCUUCCCAGGAGACAGACUCAAAGUUCACAUUGCAGAUGGCUUAGCUUAUGUUGCCAGCCUUGCAACAAAAGCUUCAUCUUCUUAUGAUGUUGUCAUGUUUGAUGUAGACAGCAAAGACACUACCUUAGGAAUGAACUGCCCACCACCAGGCUUUGUGGAAAAGUCCUUUCUUCAGAAAGUGAGAUCUCUUCUGAAAACAGAAGGCAUUUUUAUUCUCAAUUUGGUUUGCCGAGACCCCCUGCUUCGAAAUGAUGCCUUAGCUACCCUUAAGGAGAUUUUCCCUUUGCUCUAUACUCAUAAAAUUGAAGAGGAAGUCAAUGAGAUCCUGUUCUGUCAGCAGCAAACAAGGCACAAACUACUUCCUGUGGACCUCCAAGAGACAGCUCAAAUUCUGGAGAAGGCAUUAAGGCAACCUGGUCAGGCAUGGGAUAGCACUUAUGUCUUGGCAGAUGUGCUGGAAGCAGUGAGACUGGUAUGAGGAAGCAAUCCUCCCAUGUUGUAUAGUAUUUGCUCUUUUGGAAAGAAGUAGCAAUCUCCUGUGGUUUGGGAAUGAUGCUGUCCCAUAUUCAUUUCUCUUGCAUAUGGAGGCAUUUCCAUUCAGAUCAUAAGAGGAAGAGAAAGUGCCUGUCUGUGUUUGCAGAUUAAAUGUACUGGAAGUCCUUUCCUAGGGAGAAUGAAAUAAUGAGAAAAGGCUGUCAGUAACAUGAAGCAAUUCCCAAAACCAGUUCCUAGUUCUGGAUAUGCAUGAAAAUUGCACUGAAGAUAAGUGCCUCACUGUCAUUCUGUGUGGUCCAUGAAAACAGACUGAAUAUCAGACAGCAGCCUGCAGAAUGCAAAUAAAAUGGCCUUCUCUGUUUAGUAACUUGGAAUUUGAUAAUAUUAGAAUGAAAGUAAUUAACUUCUGAUAUUUACAAUUUGCAAGAUGAACUGUGGUAGAAAUCUAUAAAACAAAAACAGUGAU